CCCUUCCGCUCCCCUCGCCGGGCACCCUCCUCCGUGCUUUUGGACCCUCACUCAUCCACGCUCGCUUUUCCUGCCUGUCUCCACGCUCCACAAGUGCCGCGCACAGUUCACUCCCCGCGCUCUGAGGCUUCGGAAGGUGGGGUGGGGGGAGAGAAAAAGAACGAGAGAGAGAGAGAGAUUGAGAGAGAGAGGGAAGAGGUGGGACUGGCACCCCCGCCCCCCAGCUCCGCAUGCUCGGCAGAGGCGGCCCUGCAAAGCUGCGCGGCCGCUAGGAGCUUCCCAGCGCGCUGAAAGCCACGGAGCUGUCCACGGUGCUGAAACCCCGCGCGGGCUGCCAGGCGAGCGGGCUCCCCGCGGUUGCCCGAGAGCCCCCUUUAUGUGCAGUUCUUGGCGCAUCGCAGCAGCGUUGAGCGGCUUGAGUUGCGGCGGCGGCGGCGGAGACAGCCUCAGCUCGCCCGGGCUGGCGCUGAGAAGGAUGAAGGGCUUCCUCCGGCUGUUCUUGGGCUACUUGGUGGCAGACCUCCUCACCCUUUUGUGCCGGGCGCAGGAAAAAGCCGGGCAGCACUUGGGCAGCAUCGUGAUGCUCUCCGGGGGGAACCAGAGCCGAGAAGGGGAGCAGCACGUCGACGCCUCGGAGCCGCCCCCGACCCCGGAGGAAUGCAGGGGCUACUACGACGUGAUGGGCCAGUGGGACCCGUCGUUCAAUUGCAGCGUCCGGGAAUACCCUUUCUGUUGCGGCACUUGUGGCUUUCGCUUCUGCUGCAAGUACCGGAAGGGCCGCUUGGAUCAGGAUAUCUGCACCAACUACAUCAAGCCCCCCUGGCUGAACGGGCGCAAGACCCCCAACCGCCCCGUCGACCCUUCCCACGACCCCACCCGAGACAAAACCAACCUCAUCGUCUACAUCAUCUGCGGGGUGGUGGCUGUCAUGGUAUUGGUGGGCAUCUUCACCAAACUGGGGCUGGAGAAAGCGCAUCGACCUCAGAGGGAACACAUGUCCAGGGCUCUUGCUGAUGUUAUGAGACCAGAAGCUCCCUGCACAACAGAUCACAUGGAACGAGAUCUCAACAUUGUGGUCCACGUGCAGCACUAUGAGAACAUGGAAACGAGACCUCCUGCGAACAACUUGCAUGCCACACAGAUGAACAACGUGGUACCAACAUCGCCUCUUCUCCCACAGCUGACACAUCCACACUCCUUUCCAAGCAUGGGACAGAUCACAAAUCCCUACGAACAGCAGCCGCCAGGGAAGGAGCUUAACAAGUAUGCAUCCUUAAAAGCAGUAGCUGACAAGGGCAAUGACGACUUCUACUCCAAACGGCGCCAUCUCUCGGAGCUCGCCGCAAAGGGGAACCUGCCCCUCCACCCGGUGCAUAUGGAGGACGACCGCCCAUACAUCCUCGAGGGCGGCACAAUGAAACACAAUGGGCAGAAGUCGAAAGCCUCCAAGCCACACAUGCACCCUUUAGCGUACAAAACCUGGGACCCUAGCGACCAGGCCCUCCGAAGGCAUGCCUAUGCAACCAAAGGGAGGAACCUCGCAGGCGACCCAGCGGGAAGUGAUCCACUCACAACGCGGAGUCAACAUUAUUUACCCACACAGCCAUACUUCAUUACCAACAGCAAGACAGAAGUGACUGUUUGAGACCAACUUUCUUCUUACUCUUUUUUUUUUUAAAUUAAAAA